ACAAUGCAAAACUUUUUUACUUUGUUAAUAAUUAUUUUGAUCACCAACCCAAUCUGAGAAAAUAACAGUAUUAUACAAAUACGAUUAUGACAUUAUUCAAACUAAUUAUAUAUAUAAUGCAAAUACAUCAACUUAGAUGAUGGAGAAGAACAAAAGAAAUCAAAAGAUAAAUGUCCUAAUACCCUUAAAAGUUAUAAAUUUAGCCAAAAAAAAAAUAAAACCUUUAACAAUUUUUUUAACAUGAUUGUUCAUUUAAAAUUUAUUUUACCUAUUAAAUAAGUGCGGCAAUAAAUAAAUUCAGACUAAACUAAGCUUAAAUCGUUUUAAUAUGUUUGUACAUCACAUGAAAUAUAGUUUAUAAUAAUAAAAUAACAAAUUUUAAGUAGUAAAAAAUUCAAAUCUUCUAGACCAAAAAUUAACAAAACAAAAUAGAAAAACUAUAUAUCGUUUUAAUUUUUUUAAAAAUAAUUUAUAUUUUAAUAAUAAAUCUAAUUAUAUAAAAGAAUGUUUUCUCUCUUCUGAUGCUGCCAUGUAGGCGUCCACGUCAUAAAUUUGUUAAUCUACAGCAUGACACGUAUCCCCUGCCUCAAUAUUCUGCGUUUCAUUAACAUCAUCAUCGACAGUUAUGGGCUAUUUUGGGGGUGGGCUUUAUGUUUGGCUCACGGAAUCCAGCUCACAAGAAAUCCUAAUGCUCUCAUUCUAGAUUUCAUCCAAAUCUUUCUUCUCCGCCACCCAAGAGAUUUAGAUUUUUAGUUCUGUGAUGAAGAAUCCCGAGAUGAAUAGUUUGAUCUUCACUUUAAUCAACCACAACGUUUCAGUUACAGAUUCAUCGUUCUUAACCCUUUCUUACCUUCAUCAACCACGAUUUAGACUUAAAAUGCGAUUUUCUCUUUUGCAAGGCGGUCUACAUGCGAUUGCCAGUAUAAAUAGGUUAGCCUUCCUCCUCUCAAAACCAUCUUCCCAAUCUGUUUAAGCAGCGAAGUAAACUUAUUAUUUUUCCUGAUUUGAAAUCCGAUAUAUGUUUUUUCACUGUACAGGUUAGCUUGCUGCAAUUAUGUGACGCCGGGAAUGUCAAACGUGGUAGGGACAUCUUCCUUGCCGAUUUAAAGGUACAUUAUCUCCCACAAAAUCAUAUAUUCAAUCCUCUUCAUCAUAAUCUUCUAAAAAAUCAAGAGAAAAUUGCUAAUUUUGCUUUCCUCUUCGUCAUUAAAUCGGCGCUGUUGUAACUCCUCCGUCGCGGUUCGACUCCCUCUUGCGAUGAUCAUUGGAACCUGUCGCAACCUCCCUCCUGUGACGAUCAUUGAAUCUACACAAUGAUAGAUCUUAUUUGAAGCUAGGUUUUUAAAUCGAAAUGAAUCAGUUUGAUUAUAUCGAAUUGAUUUUCAUUUGAUGAUUAUAUAGAACCUGUGUUGUAUCGAAUUGAGGCAAAUUGAUUAUACCGAAUCUGGGUUUCAUUCAAUUGAUUCAAUUUCGUAGGUGGGUUGAAUCAAAUUAAUGCAAAGAUUUUCAUCUUUAUAAUGUUCUGAAACGACAACCUUUAAAAAAAAACAUUCUUCUGUUACUGUCAGAAUAUAAAUUUUUUGUUUGUUUAACAGAUUUGAGAAGAAGAAGAAAGGAACAACAAUGAACUCUGAGCAAAACAACAGUACAAGCUUCCCACCAACUGAGCCAGAACUCUGCGACAAUAGAUGCGGUUUCUUUGUGUCUUCCAACAUGAACCUCUGUUCCAAAUGCUACAGAAUUCUCCGAGCCGAGGAAGAUCUAACCGCUGUAGCAAAAUCUGCUGUCAAGAACUCACUUAAGCUUCCAUCUUGCAGUCUCAUUAUCACACCAGAGCAAAAACAGCCUCUUGAAACCGAACCAGCCUCUGUUGUUGUAACCGCUGAGCCGUCAUCAGCUCCUAUAGCCACGGGACAGGAGGAGGCAGAGCCGUCGAAACCUGCACGGACUAACAGGUGUUUCAGCUGUAACAAGAAGGCUGGGGUUAUGGGGUUUAAGUGCAAAUGCGGUAGCACGUUCUGCAGAAGCCAUAGGUGCCCAGAGAAGCACGAGUGUAGCUUCAAUUUCAAAGAAGUUGGACGUGAUGUAAUCGCAAAGGCCAAUCAUGUGAUCAAGGCGGAUAAAGUCGAAAGGAUAUGAAAAAAAACAAACCUUUUCUUUUUAUAAAGUAAUUUGGGGUCUCCAUCUUUCGUAAGAUCUCUAUCUAUCAGUUAAUUAUAAUCAAUAUAUUCUUAUAUUACUAUGGUGUUGUUUGUACAAGAGGGAGGAGAUACCACAUUGACUCUUUUUUAUAUUUGUUGCUACAGAUUAUUGUUUUUUUUUUGAGAAAUGUUACAGAUUAUUGUUAUAAUUUCUAUAUAUUUAUUUGCAUAUAAGCUCCUUAGUGUUAAAAAGCUCUAAACUUCACUAUAUUGAAGUAACCUAAAUGUUCCGGAUGAUCAAUAAUUUUUAAAAAUGCAUUAAACACUCUAUAUUCUUUAUCAUCUUAUUCUAUUAACAAAAAUUAUUAAUAAAAUGUUUAAUAACCCAAAACUUCUUUUUAAUCAAUAGUUUAAUUACAAUCUAACAAAAAAAAUCCAUCAAUGUGAAAUUAUUUUAGCACACAAUAUAUAAUAUCAUCCAAAAUACAAGAACAAAAACGAUUUUUUUUUGUGUUAUUGUGUCUACACAUUUUAUCAAAUGAAAAUAAAAAAUGUAAAGCUUAUCAAAAUGAUUCCAUCAUUUUAUAGCUCAAGAUUAGAAAAUUAAAAAAUCGAAGAAAAUAUAACCAAAUAGUAAUACAUAAUAGAUUAAAAGAGAUAUGUUAAGUUAUUCUAACUAAAUAAAUGUAUAAUAUAUUUUAAAUAUUUAUGUCAUGAAUUCUAAGAAAAACUAUAAACAUAGAUCCACAACUGUGUAAAAUUAAAAUAUAUUGUUAUAUAGUCGAAUAAGAGCACGAUAUAAAAUAAUGUAAAAGAAUGAAUAAAACUAGGUAACUUAAAAUUAAACAAAUAAAUCAACAAUUCUACACCAUUAUAAUAAAAUCAGAAUAAAACUUCAAAUAAACAAUCUUAUUAAUCGUAAGGUAAAAUGUAUUUAAUUGUAAUGGGAAUAAAACUGAAUAAAGAAUAACAAUUAAUAAAAUAAUAAUUUAUACUAAUAUAGAACAGAACAUUUUAAAAUAAAAACAAAUAUUAAACAAAUAUCAAAAAUAUUUAUUCUAACUAUUUAAAUUAUUUUCAAAUUGUCAUCCCGCACGUAGGGCGGGCCGCCCCUAGUAUAAAUAUAUACAUUAUAUUGAAAUAAAGUAAAAUGAAAGAAUUAAAAAUAAACAUAAUAGAAAAACUCCGGGCGUAACCCGGACCGACCCUAGUACAAUAUAUUACUAUGUAAUAAGGUUAAAUACAAUACAUACAUGAAGUCCAAAUAGUUUUGGCAAUGAUCAUAAUCAAACAAGUAAUAAAAUGAGAAUAAGAGCCUCAGAUAGACUGUCCAUAAUGGAAAAAUCAUUCAAUCAUGUUUUAAGGUUUUGCCACGUAAGCUGCUGUUUGCGUAUGUUGGACUUUGCGUUUUUAAAAUAUCCGUGUGGCAAACGUGUGGGCCCCACCUCUAUUAAUUUUUUUUUAACGAUGAUUUUGUGUUACUCGAGCAGCAUCUUAUAUCAAAUGGGCUUGAUAAUAACGAGUUUUGUGAGACGUAAAAUAGGCUUCGUAUCAAAUAGUAAAAGAAUGGCCCAGAUGACUUAUCUGGUCGUAAACUUUUUCCUCGAUGGAAAUCUAGGGUUUCUAUCAUUCGAUUCAGAUUCUUCGAUCUCCGUGACUCUUUGCGGUUCCAUGGAGCAGUCUGUCUUUCCCAAGCGCUACAUCUCCCCCUAUUUACCCUGUUCAUCAUUAAAGUUCCUAAUAGUUACAUCUUCGUUCUUCGUCCCUAUAUAUACUUCAUGUUAAGCGCUUGAACCAUGCAUCUCAAAUACACUCAUCGAUUUAUCUACUCGGCCCAGAUUAUAACAACUACUCGAAAAUGAAACUAGAGAAGGAAGAAGGCGACGGGAGGCGUAGACUCACGGUAGGACCGUAAAGGAUGAAGACGUAGAAUAGUGCCAUAUCGGCGCAUGACACACCGCUGCGGGCAUCGAGAUGUUUUCUCCAUUGCAAUAAGCAUUGUAUCAGAUUAAGCCAGGCAUAAUUCUUAUUUAAAAGUUACUAUUUUUGAAAUCUGAUGUUUUAUUAAACUGUUUCUUAUACUUCUUCUGUGUAGGCUGAUCCUUAAACAGAAGCUAAUAGACAUAGCAGAAAGCCAGAUGGCUCGACGUGGCACUUUUUCCGUAACCUUCACGUAUACCAGUUUUAUUUUUUCAAUUGAGAAAUUUUGCAUUUUUAUUUUUUUGGCUCAUCGUGAACCAACCUAAUAAGAAGGGAAACCAUGGCAAUCAGCAUAAUCCAGAUCAAGUGAGAGCACCUUAAGAUGCUAAAAGGUGUGCGUCGAAAUUGAUUUGUUUUCCCAGUUUGGAACUAAUCUAUUUUUUCUGUGGGAUACGUUGAUGGGUACGACGACUCUUUUCUGAUGGCUACAACUAAGUUAUUUGGUUGCUAGCACAAACAGAGGCUGUAAAGCUAUGUACGUCUCAGGCGGAGCUACCAUUACGGUUCUCAAGGACGGAACGGGAACGACUAGAGUACCUGUUGUGUCGUGCUAACAUGCUACAGAACUUGAGUCUUCCUUGGAGAAUCCAGAUCACUUCCAAACUUUGGCUGUCGUUUUCAACACGUCUACCAAGAUGUAAACUUUCUUUAUGUUUGUGGAGUGGGUUGAUUCGAGAUCGAAACUUUUGCUGAUGAAAUAGAGAUUUUGUGUAUGCAUGUCAAGUAGAUUUAUGCGGCUAAAAGUGUUCACUGUACAUUGGCAGAGAAAAAUGCCUACGUAAUGUUCAGUUGUAACACUGGUGGGGCUAUGAGGAUGAACAUAGUAAUCAAAGGUGUGCAUAAUGUUAUUGAGUUCCUCACCUAUGAUUUCUCUGACAUGAAUGUGAACGUAAUCUCUAGCGAGUGUGGCUGUCUUGGUAGAGCUCAAUAUGCUCAGGAACCUGACCGUCUAUGCUGUUGCAGGCUCUCUAGGUGGAUUCAACGCUCAUGCCAGCAACAUAUUGUUUUAUUUAUCAUGGUUUACAUUUUCAGGUUGGGACAUUGAGAAAAAAGAAACACAGUUUCCGUUUCAAUCGGCAAAGAAACACGCAUGGAGGUGUUGGGGAUGAAGUCAAGGAGAGUAGCGACGAUAGUGGCAUGAGCAGUUUUAGCCUGAGAGUUAUCUCUAAUAUCAGCAAUUGCAGCUGGUCAACUUACAAGCAGUUACAUGAAAUACAAUAGAUCCAGGAGAGAUAUCUCUGGAGCAACUACAUGGACGGCAAUAACCUUAUCUGAAACUUGAAUUUUCAAAAAGAUUGAGAACAAAAAGUUGAAGUUUGUACCUUUAUCUUUUCAAGAAGUUGGAGGAAGCAAGAGCAUACAUCUAUCGUUUUCCAAAACCAACACAAAAAGCAGCUAAAUUUGAUUAUGUAUGUUAUUCAUAAUACAUACGAAAAUCUAUUAAU